GUCCCAGGAUGCUGCCUAUAGGAAGCAGCAGGCUUGCUCAGUGUGUGUUUACAAGCAGGACUGACUAGUCAGCAAAUACUGCUCUACAGAGCUUCAGCCAGUGAAGAGCCUCCUCAGACUGCUUGAGAGCUUCAGAGUUGGAGCAGGAUACGGCUGCAGAUAUGGGAGGCUGAGCUGCUGCUCCUGAUGGAACAAGAGGAACCUUGGGCAACCCUGCCAUGCAGGAGACAUGACUGGAUGCUGGAUCUACAGCCCCUGACCGAGAGCAGGAUCCUUAUGGAUUGAGCAGGCUGGUGGUUGUCCCCUUCAUGUGAAGAUGAAAUGCUUUUCUCGCUACCUGCCUUACAUCUUCAGACCUCCUAACACCAUCCUGUCCUCCAGCUGCCACACAGAAGCUGACAUUAUCUCGACGGUUGAAUUCAACAACACGGGAGAAUUGCUGGCGACAGGAGACAAGGGGGGCCGUGUUGUAAUAUUUCAGCGUGAGCAGGAGAGUAAGAAUCAACCUCACAGAAGAGGAGAGUAUAAUGUUUACAGCACUUUCCAGAGCCACGAGCCAGAAUUCGAUUACUUGAAAAGUUUAGAGAUAGAAGAAAAAAUAAACAAGAUAAGAUGGCUUCCUCAGCAGAAUGCCGCAUAUUUUCUGCUGUCCACUAAUGAUAAAACCGUAAAGUUAUGGAAAGUGAGUGAACGAGACAAGAGACCGGAAGGUUAUAACCUAAAGGAUGAAGAAGGAAGGCUGCGUGACCCAUGCACAAUAACUUCAUUACGAGUCCCGGUAUUAAGGCCCAUGGAUCUGAUGGUGGAGGCCACCCCAAGAAGAGUCUUUUCCAAUGCACACACAUAUCAUAUUAACUCAAUAUCUGUGAACAGUGACUACGAAACAUACAUGUCAGCAGAUGACUUGCGAAUAAACCUGUGGAACCUAGAGAUAACAAAUAGAAGUUUCAAUAUUGUGGACAUUAAACCAACCAACAUGGAAGAGCUGACAGAAGUCAUAACAGCUGCUGAGUUCCAUCCACAUCAUUGCAACACAUUUGUAUAUAGCAGCAGUAAAGGAACGAUACGACUGUGCGACAUGCGUUCUUCUGCUCUGUGUGACAAGCAUUCAAAGUUAUUUGAAGAGCCCGAAGAUCCCAGCAACAGAUCAUUUUUCUCAGAGAUCAUCUCUUCCAUUUCGGACGUAAAGUUUAACCACAGUGGUCGGUAUAUAAUGACGAGAGACUACCUUACAGUUAAAGUAUGGGAUCUCAACAUGGAGAACAGACCAAUAGAGACUUACCAGGUCCAUGAUUACCUCCGCAGCAAACUAUGUUCACUUUAUGAGAAUGACUGCAUUUUUGACAAAUUUGAAUGUGUAUGGAAUGGUUCAGACAGUGUCAUAAUGACUGGCUCGUACAAUAAUUUCUUCAGAAUGUUUGACCGCAACACCAAACGUGAUGUUACAUUGGAAGCCUCCAGAGAAAACAGCAAGCCUAGAGCAAUUCUCAAGCCACGCAAAGUCUGUGUAGGAGGCAAACGCAGAAAAGAUGAAAUUAGCGUGGACAGCCUGGACUUUAGCAAAAAAAUUCUCCACACUGCUUGGCACCCUUCAGAAAACAUCAUAGCAGUGGCGGCCACAAAUAACCUGUAUAUAUUUCAGGACAAGGUUAACUAGAACAUUAUUAAAUAUCUACUAGGUACCAUGUGUUCUAAGGCUUUUUAAUAUUUUUUUCUCUUCCCGUUUUCUAAUAUAUAUAUUUUUUGUUUACCUUUAUUUCUUUUAUCAAGUUCUUCCACUGCUGAGAUAUAGAAAUAAACAGGCUUUCCGAAUCCCCUAUGACAUCAAUUCAGACAGCUGAUAUUUUGUAUUUUGUUUUUUUUUUGUCUUUUUUUUUUUUUUUUUUGUUUUACUUUGUGUUUGCAGCCUUUCUUGCAGCAGGGCAUAAAUGGUAUAGGCAAAAAACUUUGGACAAAA